AUGUUGGAUUUUAAUAACACUAUUAUGAAUAGACCAACCUUUUCCUUCAUUGGUAUUCCUGGUCUAGAGACUGCACAUAUGUGGAUAUCCAUUCCCUUCUUCCUCUUGUACCUUGCAGCUCUUAUGGGUAAUGCACUUCUACUUAUCCUAGUUAGAGCAGAGCAGAAUCUUCAUGAACCUCAGUUUUAUCUUUUAGCUAUGCUUGCCCUUACUGACCUUGGUCUUUCGUUAUCCACAAUGCCUAGUGUUUUGGCUAUUUUCUGGUUUGAUGUCCGCCAUGUCGGUUUGGAUGCAUGUCUAACCCAAAUGUUCUUCAUACAUACUCUAUCCUCUGUAGAAUCAGGUGUUCUGGUGGCUAUGGCUUUUGAUCGUUUGGUAGCUAUCUGUGCUCCACUAAACUACAACAAGAUCCUAACCCAUUAUACAGUUGCCUGCCUCAGUGGAGCUGCCCUUCUUAGAGGAGCCACUUUACUUGCUCCUCUCCCAUUUUUCCUCAGAACGUUUCCUUUCUGUGGGUCCAAUAUCCUCUCACACUCUUACUGCUACUACCCAGAUAUGCUGAACCUGGCCUGUGGAGAUGUGACUUUUAGCAGUGCCUAUGGGUUGGCUUUUGUAAUAUGCACAUUUGCAGUGGAUGCAGUCUUCAUCCUAGCUUCAUACAUGAAGAUCUUGGGCACAAUAAUGAAGCUGGAGACACAAGAAAGAAAUUGGAAAUCACUGCAUACCUGUGCUUGUCACCUAUGUACAGUGCUUGUGUUUUACUUGCCCCUCAUCAGCUUAUCAGUGCUGCAUCGUUAUACCCAGGACACCUCCCCAGUUCUGUAUACCAGUAUGAGUAAUGCCUAUCUACUCAUGACACCACUGCUCAACCCUCUUGUCUACAGUCUCAAAUCCCGACAGAUCCAGUCAGCCCUACGCAAGCGAUUUUGGGUACAGCGUGUGAUUGCUGGAGAAUGA